AUGCUUUUCUUUAGGUUGUCAAAGGAGAGUCGCCGAUUUGGAUACGCAUUGUCAUCGGCAUGCUGCGCCUUUGAUUCGUCAUCUACGGCUGCAAAAUGGAUAAACGAGAAGGAGCGGGAUGGCCCUAUCGAGAACGUUGAUGGUAUGGUCGCCAUGGAUCACCCCGGAAAGAUGCUGUUGAUAAGCGGUGGCGACAUAUGGUUUCCAUGUACGGCAAUAAGGACGCGCUGGGCACGCGCCAACUCAUUGAGGUGGCUCAAGAGAAGCAACCGAAUGGCCGUCUUUUUGAGAAGUGGCACCUCGGAGACUAUGAAUGGUCAUCCUACAAGGAGGUUGAACGCCAAGUACAGCAACUGGCCGCCGGCAUCAAGGACCUGUCGAAGGGAAGCGCUGAGCCUAAGCCACCGUCGUGACCGUAUGCCACGCUGGGAGAAGACGCCAUCGUGUCCGCCAUCAAAGACUGAAGCCUUCAUGCUUGUGACUUCCGCUGCAUUGCUUGAGAAGAUUGGCUCUAUGAAGAUGGACGCUGAGCUGGCGGCGGCCCUUUCCCGUGGAGCGCGUGUCGGCUACUCUUCACUUCGGGCCCCGCAGGGGGAUCGUGACACC